AUGCCUCGCCGCAGUCAAUUUCAGCGAAAACUUGCCAAUGGACCUGAAUACGAGGAAGAGAACGAUGUGACCAAGAACCGGAGAACGUACUGCAGUGGCUGCGGGAAAUUCGAGACAUCUAGUCAUCCAUGCUUUCCAACCUGCCGAAAAUGCGGUAAAAAGUUUGCUGGCGGGACUGGAUGCGAGCCUAUGGCCUUUUGUGGUUCCUUCCCUUGCUGCGGUUGCUGCGCCCAAUCUCCCUCUCCUAGCCCAGAGAGUCAUACCAAUCCGGCUCUCGGUAAUCCAGAGCCUGCCCUUAAUGGGGUCGAUUAUCCAGUCUUAAAGAUCACAUUCCCUAACUUGAAAAUCAUUAUGGGCCAACUUUAUGAUUUCCUUCUAUCGGACCGUCCUCUAGAGAUUGACCUGGAUCGCAAGCACUAUCGUGCCGUCUUUAAAGCAUUCCAUAGUCGAGACUCCUUCAUCGAUAUGGUAUAUAACACGGUUCUUCCCGAGAUCAGAGAUCUACAAGACAAAGUGCUUACUGUCGAUCAUCUCCAUAUGAUUCGACAAGAACAAAUCAAGCAACUAGGGAUCUGGGAUAGCCCCCAUGGUGGAUACCUGGAUUUUGUUACAAGUCGACUUGUUUAA